GCGUACCAUCGCGCAUAGUGAAACCGAGUGAGGUGCGGUUAGACCUCAGCCCUUCUUUAGAGGUGGGAGAUGAGCAACCACGGGCUGUUGGUCUCUGGUUCUAUGAGACGGUCUGUGGAGGCUGGCUGUGGCGGUGAAGGAGGUUCUCCUGGAGGAGGGACAGGGAGACGGAGGUGCGACGUGGAAACCCGCAGCGCCGUCCGUUUCCGUCUCCUGAAGUAAACAAAUGAAGUUACGGUGAAACAAUGAAAGCAGACUUUCAGUUUUCAGAACAAUCUGAUCUGCUGACAUGAAAUGAGACUCGGCAAACGGAGUAAGAACUUGUAGGAAAAUUCCGUCGCCAUGGACGAGGGACUGACUAUUACUUGUAUAUCUGUAGCGAUGUUUGUGGGCACCUUCCUACUAGGAUUCAUCCCACUGUUGUUCCGACUCUCUGAGAAAAGCCUGCAGUUUGUGUCCAUCCUGGGGGCGGGUCUGCUGUGCGGCACAGCGCUGGCCAUCACCAUCCCAGAGGGUGUGGGCUUACUGGAGGAUUCGUGGAGAGAGUCUUCCUCUGAUGCUCCAUCUGGCCCGAAUGCUAGUGAAAAAACGGCGCCUUCCACAAAGGGAAGCGCCCCACCUCGCUUUUAUAUCAGCGUGGCUUUGACGUUCGGGUUUACCUUCAUGUUUGUUGUUGAUCAGAUUGGAGGAUACAUUUCCACGCGUGGUCAAGCAGCACAUUUGUUGAAUAACAAACACAUCACAGCCACUCUGGGGCUGGUUAUCCAUGCUGCAGCUGAUGGAUUUGCUCUGGGCGCUGCCGUCGCCACAGGUCAAGCCACUGUACAAGUGAUUGUUUUUUUUGCGGUCAUUCUACACAAGGCACCUGCUGCUUUUGGUUUGGUUUCCUUCCUGAUGCAUUCAGGCCUUGAGAAGAAAGACAUUCAGGGACAUUUACUGACCUUCUCAGCAGCAGCACCCAUAGUUGCUAUCAGCACUUACUUCAUACUGCAGGCGACUGGAAGUUCCUCUCAUAACCAGAUGAAUGCAACAGGAGUGGGAAUGCUGUUCUCAGCAGGAACUUUCCUUUAUGUUGCCACGGUGCACGUUCUCCCUGAGAUCAGCAGUAGCAGCGCAGCAGAACCCUUCUCUAACCUGCAGGAGGAAACAGGAGCAGAAACCCACAAGGCAAGACAUCUGGGGCUCCUGGAGAGCCUCACCCUCAUCCUCGGUGUGGGGCUCCCAGUCAUAUUGGCCCUCAGCUUGCACGAUGACUGACGGAGAGUUUACUGCGAAGGAUGCAGAAUAAUGCUUCCAAAACAAAAUCUUACCAAGUAUUUUUUGGUCUAGUUUCUAGUGCAAAUAUCUUUUUACACUUGAAAUAAGACAAAACUAACAUACAACUAACUUUAGAGCAAGAUAUGGGAGGUGGUUUUAAGUCAGUAAUUUCUUAAUAUCGAUGGAAAAGUACUGCCUGUCGAACAAAACAUUAAAAUGUCUAGUUAUAUCUAGUACUUUCCGUCAGUAUUAAGGAAUUAUUGACUUAAAAUAAGUUCAUUUAUUAUGCUUAAAAGUUACUUGUAAGAUAGCUUUGUCUUAUAUCAAAUGUACUAAGAUAUUUCCAGUAGAAACUAAACCAAAAAUACUUGGUAAGAUGUAGUAUUUUUGCAGUGAAGACAGAAUGAAGGAAAACCCGUCCACGUAUCUCAGCGUUAGGUUGUUCCUCAUGGGCGUGCUUCUGAUUCAUACUAACCUAACCCUUGAGCACUGCCACUGUUCUUGGAUCAACAAAGCUUUUCAGGAUUUGAAAGGACUUGGAUAUUUUAUAUGCCGCUAUCCUUCAGCUGAGUUUCCAGUACAAGUAAACAAAAAGAGGGACAUUUGUUAUUUGUUACGAAGCUAUUUAAUUUUUAAAAAACGAAACCGUGGUCAGGAGGUAGAUUUACAAGAAGAACAAGAUAAUAAUUUGAUACUGUUAUGUGCACAGUAUGCAGUCUAGUUUGGACAGUUAGUUUUGUGUUUAUUAUUAAGAGUUUGACAGGAAAAAGUGCCAAGUUGGAGAAUCAGAGAGAAACAUUCCUCCUCAUGAUUCGUCAGAAACAAACUCAUUGUCUUUUAUUUCUUUUCUUAGCCAAAAUGCCAAAUGUGACACCUGAACUUCAUGAAAAACAUUUUUUAGAGCCAUAUUACUUCAUAACUUAUUGUUUUCAACAGUGUAUGUUUGAUUUAUUUUUAAGAAUGUAUUUUAAAAGUUUGGCUCUAUAAAGCUGUCUCUACUUAAAAUGUGCAAUAAUUGUUAAAAUAAACUGCGACACCAUAAAUUUAACACUGAAAAGUUGAUAAAAAUCUGAUCUCUUAUUGAAGUACACCUGUUCAGCAAAAUCAUUGCUGAUGAAAUUCUGUUGUUACUCCAUUGUUCAACCUCAUUUUACCAAUAAGAUGGUUCUUUGUCUCCAAUAACAUUUUACAAGGUCUGAUGCUACAGAGAGGGAUUUUUCCUCUGUGCAAAAUUUCUCUUAAUUUGAAUUUCUCUGUUGUAGAUAUCUUUAAAAAAUUAGCUAUUUUGUUUUAGAGUUGUGUUUCUUUUGUAGCUUUAAAUAAACUUUGUUUAGCUGAAGAAAAGGAAAAAAUGUCUAUCUAUUAAGGUUAUAAAAGUUGCCGACCCCUGAUCUAAAUCAUCCAGAGUUCUUAGUCAUGGAUUCUACUCUCUUCUCUUCAGCUAAGAUGGUCAUAAAGACGGGUUGGUUUUAUCUAAAAUGUUCAGAUAUUCAAAUGAGUUCCCAUUUUCCAUUCUUCAGAAGGUUCCCAAGGUCUCUGGAAGAGAAAAUGCGCACAGCAUCACAUAUCCUCCACUGUGAACUUCCAUACUUUUCUACAUAUUUUUAUGUAGUGUUUAUUACUUGAAAGCUUUGCCUUAGUCUCAUAUGACCAAAGCACAGAUUUCCAUUUAAAGUCCAAGUGCCUCUGGCUUUACUCUUUUAUGAUUGUGAUGGUAGGAUAGAAAAUAUGUUUUUCUGGCAUGCAGACCAGAGAAGAUGUUGUUAUAGAGCAGGGAUCUGGAACCUUCAGCUCAGGAGCCCACUGUGGGUCCUUAACCCUCCACAGUAGCUCUUCAUAGCUGAUCAAAACAACAGAUGGAACAAAACAAUGGUUUUAAUUAUGAAGCAAUAAAAGGGUUAAUUGUUGAUAAGUUUUUAUGUAUUUUGAUGCAGUGUUUUACUAAUUUCCUUAAGCCAUUCUGGUUCUUUUUCUAUGGAUUUGGUCAGCUUAUACAGUGUGCGCUGGAGACACAUCAUUUGAAACUGUAAUCCAAAAAUCUUAGAAAUUUAAAUUAAAAAUAAACUGUAAAUUAAAAACAAUUAGUUUCAAUUGUUAGGGUUACCAUUAACUGCCUCCUAAUAAUUAACUCUCUCUUAACAUUAGUUUUUUCUCCAGUGGAUACAUAUCCUCAAUUCAAGUUUUUUCGUGUGAUAUGUUGCCUUUUUACUGAGGGUGCUAACAAAUACGGCUGCAUCAGAAUUAAAAUACGUUUAUUAAAAUUUUAAAUAAAAAUACAUGAAUAAAAUUAAGGCAUGAAAUUUACUCACAUUCGGUUAUUCUUUAAAAUGUAUUGAACAUAUCCAUAUACUACCCCCAAAGUAAUAAAACAUUGUUAUAAACCUCUGCAACAAUGAUGGCUUGGUUUGCUAAUGUGACUACAAAUAGUUUCCAUUUACUUGAAGGAACAUGAUUGUCAUGUAGCUUAGCUGGAUUUCUCCUGUUUUAACCUCAAAUGAAAGCCUGCAGUAAGAGACUGUAACAGUAAGACAUGUCAGAUUAUUCAGUAGAGCACACAUAACAAUGAGUGGUGAAACAUUAACUUUUAUUUCUUUAUAUCUGCACUGUGAGCUUUGCUUAAUGGCCUUCCUGUCAGCAUUCAUGCACUCUGUGUCUGUAAAAGAAAAAAAUACUGUAACUUUCUAACGGUGGAAGAACUCAACUCUGCUCCCUAACAGCUACUGUGACACAUCUGUUGGCUGAGUGAGUGGAAAGGGUUUGCGUAAGACUGGAAUCACGCUUGCCUUGACCUUUUCAAAACAGAGUAAAAAAAAAAAAAAAACAACCUUUACAUAGUUCCUGAAGGUAAAUAUGAAAACAAGCUGGAACUUCUACUGUGAUUACAUAAUAAAUAGAGAUUUCACCA